UCUGGGAAUUUUGGAGUGGCAAGGCUUAUGAGGGACAGGCAAACUAAUGAGCUUGUUGCUGUUAAGUAUAUCGAGAGAGGUGAGAAGAUUGAUGAAAAUGUUAAGAGAGAAAUCAUCAACCAUAGAUCAUUGAGGCACCCUAACAUAGUCAGAUUCAAAGAGGUCAUAUUGACACCAACUCAUUUGGCUAUAGUGAUGGAAUACGCAUCUGGAGGAGAACUGUUUGAGCGCAUAUGCAAUGCAGGCCGUUUCAGCGAGGAUGAGGCACGGUUUUUCUUCCAACAACUCAUAUCAGGGGUCAGCUUCUGUCACGCCAUGCAAGUAUGCCACAGAGACUUGAAACUGGAGAAUACAUUAUUGGAUGGCAGCCCUGCACCAAGGCUAAAGAUUUGUGAUUUUGGAUAUUCUAAGUCCUCGGUGUUGCAUUCACAACCAAAGUCAACUGUUGGUACACCUGCAUAUAUUGCUCCUGAAGUGUUAUUGAAGAAAGAAUAUGAUGGGAAGAUUGCAGAUGUCUGGUCUUGUGGGGUGACUUUGUAUGUCAUGCUGGUAGGAGCAUACCCUUUUGAAGACCCAGAGGAGCCUAAAAUUUUUCGCAAGACAAUACAGCGAAUCUUGAAUGUACAGUAUUCAAUUCCAGAUUAUGUACAUAUCUCUCCAGAAUGUCGUCAUCUAAUAUCAAGGAUUUUUGUUGCUGAUCCUGCAAAGAGGAUAACGAUCCCUGAGAUCAAGAACCAUGAGUGGUUCUUGAGGAACCUUCCUGCAGAUCUCAUGGAUGAUAAUAUGACAAACAAUCAGUUUGAGGAGCCAGAUCAACGUAUGCAGAGCAUUGACGAAAUCAUGCAGAUAAUAACUGAGGCCACCAUUCCUGCUGCUGGGACCAACAGCCUUAAUCAUUACCUUACUGGUAUCUUGGACAUUGAUGAUGACAUGGAAGAAGACAUGGAGAGUGACCCUGACCUUGAUAUUGAUAGCAGCGGAGAGAUUGUCUAUGCAAUGUAAAUGAUAUGUGCGUACUAAGUUGAUGGAUCAAACUAAACCAGCCGAAUGUUUGUAGUUCUUAAUUAUCUGGUCUGCCUUUUGGUAUCCACUGGUUGUUUAUGAAAUGCAGUUCACAGCAAUUCAGGCUUUCCUCUCUUUGUUAUCUCCGAAUGGCUGUAUUGCUGUUGUUCUAUUGCUUGAUUUCCCUUUUAAAUCUGUGUACUUGUAAAUUGCCAUGUAACAUUGCUAUUAUUUCAUAGUAAUGUUUACUCUGUAGCUGUAUGGUUGUGUUACUUCUUA